AUGAAUUCUCCCACGGGGCGGGCCGGCCUCAUCCGCGCUCGUGACGAUGCCGGCAACGUCGACAAGCUGGCCCACGCCGUGCUCGACGACGUGCUCUACAACGUCAUUUCGGAUCUCUUGAUGAAGGCACACCGCGACGAGAAGACGGCAAGGGCCAACACGGCCGCCAUCCGAGUCGAGAAGCUGGCCUCGGACGCCUCUGAGACGUCGACGCCCGACUCGAAACCCGACCUUCGCGUCGAAACCGACGCCGCCGUCUACGAGGACGGCAAGGUUCUCCUCAAGGGCAACCCCCUCCAGACCACAAACGACAUCCUCUGUCCCAAAUGCCACCUGCCACGACUGCUCCACCCGACCGAUGGCAAGGGGGCUCGGAAACCCGAUCCCGCCGUCGCCUACUGCAAGAAGCACCCUUACAUAGAGAAGCCGGGAUGCGACAUUUACGGCCAGAGCUGGGUCGCGCCGGGCCCGGGGAGGGGCAAGAAGAAAAAGGACAUGGAGAAGAAGGGCGACGGCACCGACUCGCCUGCUCCCGAGCAACGCCCCCCCAAUGUGCUCUCGUUCCCCUCGGCCACCUGCAGCAAGUGCAAGCGCUGCAUUCUCGUCACGCGACUGAACAACCACAUGGGCUCGUGCAUCGGCAACAGUGGCCGAAACGCAAGCCGCGCGGCGGCCCAAAAGCUCAACAAUGGCGGUUCCCAGCACGACUCGACGCCUCCGUCGUCGCAAAAGGCCACGCCGGCGCCAGGUUCUCGAGCCUCGAGCCCUAGGAAACGAGACGCUAGCGACGACGAGGCAGACUCGGACAACAGUCACAGGAAGAAGAAGUUCAAGUCCAACUCUACGGCCAUGACCAAAAAGGUCAUCAUCAAAGCCAAGCCGUCGCUCAAGAAGGAAAAGACAAAGGGCGCGUCCCACCUGAGCAAGGAACAGAAGAUGGAUGCCUCGGAUGGGCCCAACCUCGGGCCCAACAAGUCGAAGCCGGCCAAGGACGGAAGUCCGCUGAAAAAGGUCAAGGCUGCCAAGCCCGUCACGAGCUCGCCAAUGUCCAAGAACGGGCGAGAAGCGGAUGGGGAGUCAGAGUCGUCGGGCACUCUAUCGUCCCCGCCGGCCGGCCCCAAAUAA